UUUUGUUCCAACAAUCACACGCCGAAUGCAGACUGCGCAAAGUGCUCAGGCCGCGUCGCAACCAACGACGACGACGACGACGACACAGACACAAACCAUCGAAGCUGCAGAGCAAGAGCAAGCGCCUUCUGUCUUGACAUUGAGGCUGCGGCAGCCAGCGACCGCGGAGGGACGUCGCGUGCAGUGGAACGACAAGGUUGUGGACAACGAGCACAUGAAUAAGAAAAAGUCAAAGAUUUGCUGUAUCUAUCGCAAGCCGCAUGCGUUCGACGAGUCGUCCGAUGACACGAGCGAGAGCGACGGCGACGAGGAUUGCCCGUUUCACAACAUGAACAGCUACGACAGGCCACCACAUCGGCAUCAUCAUCAUCAUCACCGUCACGGACACAAGCACAAACACAGGCAUUCCAGUGACAGCAGUGACGACGGCGGCGAGGGUCAUGAGCACAAGCAUUCGGACGACUGUGCGCAUGGCCAUGGUGCCGCCCCCGAUGGUGCAUCAUCAUCAUCAUCAUCAUCAUCAUCAUCAUCAUCAGCAUCAUCAUCAGCUCAUGAGUAGUGUAGCUUGUCAACCUUUUGUACUGUAGUCAAUGAACAAACAUCCGUUUCAGAGUAGGCGGUACAAAUCGGCGUUGUCCCCGAAUUCAUUCCGGUCGCUUGAGGCAACGACUGUGUCAUGCCGAUGGGUGAUGCAAACGAGAUAACACACUGCAAUCCUUGUUGUUUACUCCCUCAGGAACGCACAGCUCCCAUACCGCGAUGGGACGCUUUUUAUUGACCAAACAGAGCUACUUUUCGCAUUCGCAACGCGAUUGUCGGCGAAAAAUGAUCAGCCUCUUUAUGUACGUGUGACGUAUGUUGUUUGCGAUGCGCAUCGUCACAGCACAGCCGUCAUUUGUUGUUUGUUUAUUCGGGUACUUUAUAUUUUGUUUUGCUACUGCUGUUGUUACGGUACGAUGUGCGGAUUUAUUGUGUUUUGCAUUGACAACUGGCGGUCCAGCAGCGCUGACAAG